GAAGUCUUUGUCCCGUACCUCACUGUCUCGUGUUAAAAUGGACAAAAUCCCCACUAUCAAGCGCCGGCUUGUUGCGCCACGCACAGGGACAAACCCUCAUACCCACGAGGUCCUGCCCGCUGGCCACAAGAAGACACCGCAGAGCAGACCGCUUCCCUGCGCCAUAUCGUACGACUAUAAUCACUCCUUCGCCGUCCGCGAUGGCGUUGUCCUCCGCGCAGACAUCUACCGCCCUGCGGACACGACAGACCCUGUCCCGGCCAUCAUUAUGUGGAGCCCGUACGGAAAGUCCACCUCGGGCGACUUCAGUCUCAACUUUGCGCCGUUGAGAGUCGGAGUGCCUGAGUCAGCGGUGUCAGGCUAUGAGUCUUUCGAAGGUCUUGAUCCUGCUGAAUGGGUGCCCCGCGGCUACGCCGUCGUCAAUGUAGACAGCCGCGGCGCGGGCCAGUCUGACGGCGACAUAUACUGGUGGGGCUCCGCGGACGCCCGGGACGGGCACGACGUCAUCGAGGCCGUCGCCGCGCUGCCCUGGUGCUCCUCGCGCGUGGCAAUGGCGGGUAACUCGUGGCUCGCCAUCGCCCAGUGGUUCAUCGCAGGCCAGCAGCCGCCGCAUCUUACCUGCAUAGCGCCGCUCGAGGGCCAAAGCGAUGUCUAUCGUGAGUCAAUAUGUCGUGGGGGCGUGCCAGCUCUCGCAUUCCCGGGGCUGGUCGCGCAGUUGCUACCAGGCAAACAACAGCAAGAAGACCUCAUUGCCAUGUUCAAACGCUACCCCAAGAUGAACGCAUACUGGAAGGACAAGCGGGCCGACAUAUCUAAGAUCACCGUCCCGGCAUAUAUAGGUGGGAGCUAUUCAACCAAUUUGCACACUCUAGGAGCCUUCCGUGGGUUCGAAGAGAUCCCCCAUGAUAAGAAGUGGCUGGUAGUGCACGAUACACAAGAAUGGCACGACCUAUACAGCAAGUAUCGAAGCGACGACCUUGCAAGGUUCUUCGACUUCUUCAUGAAGGGCAUUCCCAACGGGUGGGACAAGACGCCCCGCGUGCGCCAGUCCUUCCUGGGCUUCAACCAUCCCAACGAGGUUCGAAGCGCGGAUAACCUCCCCUGGCUUGAGCCCGGUGCCACGAAGGUGCUCAAGCUGUAUCUCAGCGCGGACGGGACAAUGGACACCACGCCGCUGCCCCAGAACAACAGCCAUGACAACGAAAACAACAACAACAAAUGUGCGACGACGGUAGAGUACCAGUCCGACGUGCGCGCCAUGCAAGCGGACAAUGACCCCGGCGAGCUGAGCUUCCGGUACACCUUCCCGUCCAGAACCUUAGUCGCGGGCCCGAGCAAAGCCACUUUAUCUAUGUCUCCCGAUCCUCAUUACGACCGCGAUGACCUUGACGUGUGGGUGCAGCUGCGCAAGACCGACGCUCAGGGCAAGGUCCUGCGGAGCCUCAACAUCCCCCUUGACGAGCUGGGGUUAUCCUCGGUCGACGAGGUGCCCAACACGAGCACGCUGAAGUACCUGGGUCCCGCGGGCGUGCUUCGCGCCUCGGCACGGAAGACCAGCCCCGACCUCAGCGGGUCGCACUGGCAGCCGCUGUCGGCGGAGGACGCGGACGUGGCUAAAGUCGCGCCGGGGGAGGUCGUCAAGCUCGAAAUUUCCAUGUGGCCGACGGGUAUGAUCUUUGAGGCUGGCGAGAGCCUUGCGCUCAAGGUCUCAGGGCAUGACAUGCGGCUUGUUGAUGUGGAGGAGCUACAGGGGAAGCAGACGACGGAGAACGUUGGGAAGCAUUUUGUACAUUUCGGGCCCGGGAUGGAGAACUUUGUUGAGGUAUAUAUAAUCGUAGAGUAG